AGGCUUGCUCACAAGCCCUCCCUGCUCCGUGCUCUCUUUUACACACAAGCAAACCCAGCUUCUGUUAUGGCAAGGGCUGCACAUUGGCAUUUACCAAACAGCCGCGGCAUGCCACUCUCCCUGACAGCACGUCCCUGCCUUCUCAGGAGAAAGACAGAUGAACAAACAGGCUGAACUAAGCUGAGAGCAGACUGUAGUGGACUGUCUGACAAACACACCCUCACAUCAGCAAGACAAAGUGGAGAAAACUGUUGAAGACAUGUCACCAGACACCAAAGGUCCAACCAGAUAAUAUGGCAACAAAUUGUUUGAACGACUGACGACAAAAAAGUGAUGGAAGGACAAAACGAGAAUGGAAUCAAAGGGAAGCCCCCGUACUCCGUGGAAACCCCUUAUGGCUUUCGACUUGACCUGGACUUCCUAAAAUACGUAGAUGACAUAGAGAAAGGCAACACAAUCAAAAGAGUCCCCAUCCAGCGCCGAAGCAAAGGCCCCAGAGCCAGCACUCUUCCCAGGCACCUCAACCCUUCUGGGUCUGGCUACCGCUCGAGCCCCUGGGGAUCUACUGGAGCUCUUGGCCCCAGGUCCCGACUGUCAGACGGUCAUCACCAUGGCUACUCUUCCUGGACAAAUGAUCACAGGUCGCAACUUUCUCCCACAGGGCUCAGAUCCCUGGCAGACAUGGAGGCCAGAAUCAAGGAGUUUGAUGAGCAACCUCUCGGUGAGCACAUCAGACCUCAUCUCCUGCGUGCCUCCAGUAUGCCACUAACAGUAUUACUGAGACAAGGAUCAGAGUCCACAGACGACCCCUGCAGCCUUCGGAGUUCGAGGGAUCACCUUGAAGAAAGAAUCACAUCCUGUGAAGACGUCUUCUACUUACCGGACAGCCCUCGACCCCAGGACUGCUCAGGGCUGUUGAGGCGCCUGACAGAGGCCCUCGAACGUGUGGGGGAGCUGGAGAUGGAGAUGAGGGUGAUUCCAGAGCUCAGGGCGCAUAUCUGCAUCCUCCAGGAGGAAAGAGAAAGGCUCCGUCUGGGCCUGAAUCCACAUAUGCCACCUCCCUCAAUGAAUGGAACCACAGACCCUUACACCUCAUCCCACUACGGCACAGUGGACAGCAAAAGGCCUCGGCAUGAAAGUCACAUCAUGUUUCCUAGAAAUCACAGCGUCAGUCAAGAAGACUCUAAUCCCACACACGAGUGGAGGACUAGUACAGAUCUGGAUGAGCUGCUGACGGUGACGUCGCUGCAGGCUAAGGUAGCUGUGCUGGAGCAGAAGCUCCAUGAGACUGGCCUGGAGCUUCAGAGGACCUUAGGGCUGCUGAGGGAGCAGCAGGAGGAGAGCAGAAGGAAAGAUGAGAAGAUGGAGCACCUUAUCAGGAAUCCUGCAUUGUGGGUCCGUGCAGAGAGGGUGGUGGUAGACCAGGAUGGAGAUGAGACAGCGGUGAGGUCCAUUGAACCAUAUAAUAAAGUGUCCAGAAGUCCAGAUGCAAGACCUGUUACCACAAAUGGACAAAGAAGUCAAGAGCCGCUAGUGUCUGCUGAAGCUGGAGACGCUUCAGACGAAACAGAAGUAGUGGUCCACCACAUAAAGAAGAUCAAGAGGCUUCUGGAUCAGCAGUGGGAGUGUUUGUGUGCAGACCACGAGUCAGGAGAGGAGGGUAAACCUCUAAAGCACCCAGACCCUAAAGUCAACUCCCUGCAGCAGGAGAUGAUGGGACUUGUAGACAUCCUUACCUCCUACUAUACCCAGCAUGGACACAGUGAUGGAGAGAGGAUUCAGCAUGGAGCCUCUAAAUCCAUCACGAGGACUGACAGAAGUGCCUGGAUGUCAAAAAGCCUACAUUCUGUGGGUGUUAAUGAAGGAUGCAAAAGUGCGGAUCAGAGCGGGCAAAAGGAGAGCAGCAUCAGCCCUACAGAGAUGGCUGCUGUCCAGGUGGAUGCAGACCCAGAGAAGAGACGGAUGGAGGGAGUGAGUCAAACGAGCCCAGACGGACAGAUGAUAUCGGGAGGAGCAGGAUCAGGGCGGACAGAUGGAGGCGUAGCUUGUGUGGAAGCUGAGAAAACAGCCAUGACGAGACCACAGCCCCCAGGAGAACAGAUGGAGGGGAACUCUGGCUCAGAAACCACCACCGGGGGCAGAGAGACAGUGAAUGCAGAUUUUUUGGCUGCUUGUCAGUUCCUCAAAGAUCACAUGGACAACAUGGAUAACCCCAAUGAUGACAUGAGGAAGGCCCUGGUCAUUUUGUUCCAGCACUGGUUCAGUGCGGCAGCAGAGGAGGCUUCAGUGGUUAGCAGGGUGGCUGUGUACCUGAGAGAAGUAAAGAAGGCCACACCUUCACUGCUGGCCUUCUUGAUCAACCUAGCUGAUGACAACGGCAACACGGUGCUACAUUACAGCCUGUCCCACUGCAACUACAGCAUCGUCAGCCUGAUACUGGACACAGGUGUGAGUGAUGUGAGCCUUCAGAACAAAGCCGGCUACACAGCAGUGAUGCUGGCCUCACUGACGGUGCCUGAUAGUCCAGGUGGCAUGGAGGUGGUCCGCAAGCUAAUGGAGCUGAGCAACAUUAACAUUCGCUCCAGCCAGACGGGCCAAACAGCUCUGCACCUGGCGGUGAGACAUGGGCGGGUUGUGAUGGUUCGCCUGCUGCUAAGCUGUGGAGCGGACACUAACCUCCAGGACAGCCAGGGAACCACAGCCCUGAUGUUCGCAUCUGAGAGGGGCCACACACACAUAGCAAGGCUGCUGCUGGAGAGGGGCCAGUGUGACCUCACCCUGACUGACAAGCGUGGUCAGACUGCACUCUCCAUCGCUAUGCAAGGUUCCCACAUUGAUACAGCCGCCCUCCUGCAGGCCCAUGCUAAAGCUCGAGCUUUGUAAUACUGGGAAGCUGAACAAGAAUCUGCAGACAUAUGAUCAUCUCUCAUUUGCUCUUUUCUGUCUGAUGCACUUUGAAACCCAGUUUAAUGCCGACGCUGGGUGCUUGGGUCGAGCUGUUGCUGUCAUAUUGUUUCUGAAUUCUGGACAUCUGCACGAGCAUUAGCUUGAGUUUUGGAUGCUAUGACAUCAUUAUGAAAAGACUCGACAUCUUCAAUGAGUGAGGUAAAGCUUAGAUGUGUCAUGGUUGCUGAUGCAGUACACAAUAAAUAAGCUGUUUUCUAUUCUCUUUACUGUUGAUGUAAAGACAUCAUAUUGUAUGUUUGAUCUUUGCACAUCCAAGUAGAAGCUUAGCCUUGCAAACUAUGCAAUCAAAAAAAAAUAUUUAUUAUGAUAGGUUUAUGUAUUGGUCACAUAAAUAUGUUGACAAUUAUCAAAGGUUCUGUGUUCUAAUGUUUUCAGAAAAGUACAGAUUGCUAUUUGCAUUCUAGCAAAGCACUUUUUAAAUAAAAUGUGUUUAAAAUAUAUAGAGAAAAGUUAAAUACAUGCUGCAUGCCAAGCACAUGAAAGAAAGAAAUUUGUUUGGUGCUAAUAAACCAACCUGUUGAUUUCCCUUACUAAUAGAUGUUAUACUGAUGUAUAA